CCUCCUCCAAUGCCCAUGAUGGGGGACCUCCACCCCCUCCUCCCAUGCCGGGAAUGGGGGGACCCCCUCCCCCUCCUCCUAUGCCUGGAAUGGGGGGUCCACCACCUCCACCUCCACCUCCAGGUAUGGGUGGGCCUCCUCCACCUCCUCCAUUCCCAGGAAUGAGGGGCCCACCACCUCCCCCACCUCCUCCAGGAAUGGGAGGCCCUCCUCCUCCUCCCAUGCCUGGCAUGGGUCCUCCUCCUCCACCUCCAAUCCCAGGCAUGGGCCCGCCUCCCCCUCCUAUCCCCCCUGGCAUGAGAGGGCCUCCUCCACCCCCCUUCGGUGGGCCGGCCCCCUUCCCCGCCCCCCCGCCCGGUGGCUGGAAUGCAGCACGCCCGGCUGCUGUGCCAGUUCUUCGGAAGGCUCCAGUCAACCCAAAGAUGGCCAUGAAGCCACUUUACUGGACGAGAAUUCAGCUGAAGACGCCCAAACCCCCCAAACCAGAACCAGAAGAAGAGGAUGAGGUCGACAGCAAAAAUGAAACCAAAGAAGAGAAAGGAGAAGAGGAAGAGAAGAAGGAGGAGGAGAAGGAGGAGGAGGAGGGUAAGGCUAAGGAAGAAGGAGAGAAGGAAGAAGGAGAAGUCAAGGAGGAAGAAGAAACCAAGGAGAAGAGUGAUAAAAAGGAAGGAAGUUUGAAGAGAGCGAAAAAGAGAAAAGCUGACAUUCCACUUUGGGAUGAAAUUGAGGAAGAGGAGUUUGACGAGCUGGAGUUCGUUGACCUUUUUGCUCGACAGGUCACACAGCCUAAGAAGAAGGAGAAGAAGGAGGCCAAGCCUGCUAAAGCUAAGGUAAACAAAGUCCUGGACAGCAAACGUUCACAGAAUGUGGGAAUCUUCAUUACAAGUCAACACCUAGAUAUCGCAGAUGUGGAGAAUGCUGUUUACAACUUUGACACUUCCGUCCUAGACCUUGAAGUUCUUCAGCAAAUAUAUGAAGUUAGAGGAAGUGAAGGAGAGAUCAACAUGAUUAAAGCGGCCAAUGAAGCCAUGCCGGACAUCCCCCUCGAUAAGCCUGAACAGUUCCUCCUCGACCUGUCAAAAAUAAAUGAAUUUGCUGAGCGAACAGCAUGUUUCACCUUCCAAGCAACUUUUAAUGAAGAGCUGGGUGUCAUACAUGGAAGAAUACACAUGUUGCAGUCUACUAUAGAUGUACUCAUGACAAGCGAGAGCAUCAAGAGAAUAUUUGGGAUGAUCCUAGCCCUUGGCAAUUAUAUGAAUGGCGGCAAUAGGACUAGGGGCCAGGCAGACGGAUUUGGUCUUGAGAUCCUUCCAAAGAUCAAGGAUGUUAAGAGCAAAGACUCGGGCUUCACACUCUUGCACUUUGUUGUCACGAAGUAUAUUGAGAAAUAUGAAGGGGAGGAUGCAGGUACUGACAAAGUCCAGCUGCCAAUCCCAGACCCUUAUGUUGUGGAGCGUGUGUCCAACCUCAAAUUCGAAGACUUGGAAUCAGACUUGAAAGAUAUUGAAAAAAAUCUGAAAGUGUGCGAAAAUCGAGCAGAGAAGGUGAUUGCAAAGUCAGACGAGGAACAUUUGCAACCUUUUAAGGACAGGAUGACAGAGUUCUUUGUGAAAGCUAAGAGUGAAGUGGAAUCAGAGAGUGAAAGUUUAAAGGACUGUAAAAGUCAAUUUGAUAUGGUCAUGAAGUAUUUCCAGUUCAGUGGAAAAGGGCCUGAAGUCACACCCUAUGAUUUCUUCAGUGUUUGGUCUCCCUUCUGCAAUGACUUCAUGAACAUUUGGCAGAAAGAACAGCAGAAGAUUGUCAAACAAAGAAUGAAGGCUGCAGAAGAGAAGGUGAAGAAAAUGACUGAGGAGAAGAAAGAUGUUGCCAAGAAAACCAAAGAGGUCGGAGGGUUGAAGAGCAAACUCAAGGACAAGUUGAAGACUUAGCAAUAAUUUUUUUCUUUUUAAGAUUUAUACUUCUCUCUCUUGGUAUCUGCCUCUCUCUCUUUCUUUUUAGAUACAAGUCACCCUUUAUUUUAUAUGUAUAUUUUUGAAGCUUGCCAAGAUGAGGAAAUGGAAGGAAGGGGAGGAGGAGGAGGAGGAGGAGAAGCAAAGUUGUCAAAUGAACUCUCUGCCUUCAGGAGUCGAGUGUUCACCAGCACAAGGCUCUGAGUGUCUCCCAGACUUCCUUGGUCACAAAGCUGUGAUUAGAAUAGAUGUUGUGAUAAUUACUAUACUUUUAUGAAUUGUACUUGAUGGAGACAUGGAAGGUUGCGAUAAAUGCCAAGGUUUUUAUAGAAGCUGUGUAUGUGACCUUUCAGUUUAUUUUCUUUCCUUAUAUUGUUUUAAUUGCAUGCUUUAAUGCUUUUUUGUACACCAUAUUUUAUGAUAAUAUCUUCUGUGAAUCUUUGGAAAUUAUGAAAUGAUUUUUUGUAUAUGAUUGAGAUGUGAUAUAUGAAAAUAUGUAAAAUUAAGGAUUUGUUGGAGCAUUGAAGUAAAUUGCAUGAUUUCGCCUAUGGUAUAUGACUUGACAUUGAACCGUUGAAUGUGAUUUGUAAAUAGGAAGUUUAAUGAGGUUGUUUCAAGUCGUCAAGAAAUUAUAUUGCAGGUGAAAAUCCUUAUAUAUUCUCUUUUGAUUUAUGUAUACUUUCAUUACUUUUUCCAAGUAAAUGCCUCUCUUUCAUAGACUGCAACAAACACAACCUUGGCUUUGCACAAGUGUAUUGCAGCAUUAUGCAGAGUCAUGCCAGUGGUCUUUCUAAAGAAUGUAUAAAAGGGGGACGUAUUUAGCUCAGCUAGCAGGUUCACACAUCAUUAAGCUUGAUCAUUCCUCUCGAGGGUCACAAACAAUGCCAUAUAUAUGUAUAAAUAUAUACUACAUACCAUUUUUUUUUUCUCAUUAGUAUUCAUUUUCUGACCUUAGGUGCCAUUUGGGAGGAUGUAAGGUUUUCCUUGGGAGCUUCAUCAUGUUGCAAAGGUCACAUGUAUGGAAAGAAAAUUUCAAGAAGGAAGAAUUAUUGGAAUCACUUUUUUCAGUUUCUGAAAUUUAUGGGAAACUUUUUAAAAAGGUUUCAUUGUUUGUUAUAUUAGCUCAGUGUUUGUUUUCCUGCAUUUUGGCCAAAAUUAUUCAUUGAUUUUAGUUACUACUAUGUUAAAAAGGAAAAACAUUUUUAAAGUCAUCCUUCAAGAAAUAGCAAUCACUCACAAAAGCAUGCAAGCAUAAUACCCCCACUUAUGAUAUUGUAUCAUGUACAGCACAAACAAUGGUAGUUUUGUGUGUGUGGAAAUAGAUCUUCAGGGGAACACUAAAAGUGAGGACAAAAACUUCAGACAAUAACAACAAACUUGCUUGCAGCAAAGUGUAUAUAACCACCUUCCUAGAUACUGCCGUUAAUAAAUGAAUAAUUUUAAGCCAAUGCUAAGUGUGUAUGCUCAUCUCAUUGUCCAUAUUCAACAUAUCCAGCUAGGGAAUUUUUGGCCUUACAAAAAAUGUACCUGUAUCCCCAGCAUAAGUUGCAUAAUUUUUUUUUUUGGAUCAGCACCUCACACAUACACACAAGUGCUCACACACAUGCGCACACACACACACAAAACACAAUCUCAUAUAGCCACUCAGGUGUACCAGAUCUCAUUCUCUUGUGUGUUAGUCAUGGUGCUUCCAAAGACAUUUUUCGCAUGGUGUCUGGUAGGCAAGUGGCCAGAUCUGCUUUAUAUAGUGUCUUUUUAAAAAUGAUUGUUAAUAAAAAAAUAUAUAAAUAA